AUGGGGGCGGCAGCAUGCGAGUAUGGAAGGAAAGGAGGGCCGCAGGAUGCAGUGGUGGAGAUGGGGCCGUACAAGGCGGGCACGGUGCAGUGGCAGCGCACGCUCAAGUCGCAGAUGCAGGCGUGGCGCGACGACCCGCACUGGCACGACGAGACGCCCAACGUUAAGGUGUCAGCCCCCAAAGGAGCAUUCUGCCAGAUCGACUCGGAGGUGACGCUGGCGCUGCCGCCCGACGCGGUGUACAACAUCCUGUGCGACCCGUGCAACCGGCGCGUCUUCAAGAACAUCCGCGCCGUCACGUACCGCCGCGUGCUGGAGGACGACGGCGACCGGCAGUUCGUCGAGGUGGAGCAGUCCGCCGUCGGGAAAUUCCUCAUCUUCUCCGGCUCCUGCGACGUGCGACUCUUCGUGCGACAGGAUCGCCUCAAACACACGGGCUCGUGGCAGGUGGACCCGCUGCCCGUGCCGUGCUCGCGACACGCGCAAGCCAUGGCCGGCCGGGAGCGCGAGGCUGCGCGUGGUAAGGGCAGAGACACGGAGGGAGACGGGCGGUUCGGAUGGAUAGGCGGGGAGAUGGACAAUGAGGGUGACGUGUUCUUCGACGCCAGUGACGUGUUACCCGAAGAGACAGACACAGAAGAGUGCUGCGCGGAUUGCCACAUGCGCAUGGCCUCGCGCGUGCGCCUGCAGCAGGUGAUUCUGCUCGCCAUGCCACCGCCCCCGCCGUUCGACAUGCUGGCGCGCAACAAGACGGCGCACGAGGCGAGAGACAUGCUGAUGAGCUUCAUGGCGGAGGCGAAGCGGCUGAAAGAGGCGCCCUUCCCCAUCGCGGACGGCCACACUGCCUUCCCCGACCCCGCCCCCCUGCCUGACAUGGCCGCACCCGCUGAGAAACUGGAGACAGAGGAGUCCUUUCCUCCCCCGCCGCCUCUUGUGAGACUGGAUUCGCACGAGGAGGGCGAGAGCUCUGGUGAGGAUGAGGAGGUGGAGGAGAAGGUGCGAGCGGGGGAGCAGGAGAAGCAGCAGGAGGUAGAGGAGAGAGCGGUGGAGGUGGGGGGAGGGCGGGGCGUGGAGCCCCAUGAGUUGCACUUGAAAAGGGACAAUGGCUUCCGUGCAAUCAGAAGUGCUGCUUUCCUGCACAAGGAGGUGCUCAAGACCCCACUGCCUCGCAAAGAGUGCAACUGGGUGCCUGUGAGGAGGGGAAUCAACGAAACUCCCGCCGCCGAUGGCGGUGAAGGCACGGACGCUGUGGCAGGCGACGGUGACGUGGCAGAGAAGUUCGAGGACGCGACGAGCGAGGAGCCGGCGGCGCUGGUGAUGGAUGAAGAGAGCCUGGCGCGGCAGAGAGAGUGGGAGCAGGCGCACCACGCCGCGGAGGCGCAGCGGCAGGCGGAGGAGGCGCAGCGGAAGGAGGAGGAGGCGGUGGUGCAGAUGGACGGGUACCGCGAGGGGCGCAUCUUGUGGCGCGCGGAGCUGGAGCGGCAGAUGCGCGCGUGGCGGGACGACCCCGAGUGGCACGACGAGGCGGCGCAGCUCACGGUAUCGACGCCCAAAGGCACCUUCUGCCAGCUCGACUGCCAGGUCACCCUGGCGCUGCCGCCCGACGCGGUGUACAACACGCUGUGCGACCCGUACAACCGGCGCGUGUUCAAGAACAUCAAGGCGGUGAAGCACCGCAAGGUGUUGGAGGACGACGGCGACCGGCAGCUCGUGGAGGUGGAGCAGUCCGCCGCGUGGAAAUUCCUCGUCUUCUCCGGCUCCUUCGACACGCGCCUCCUCGUCACGCAGGACCGCGAGGAACGAACGAUGUCGUUCAAGAUCGCACAGCCGGGGUUCAUGCGGCGCUUCGAGGGCUUCUGGCGCGUGGAGCCGCUGCCCGUGCCAGGGUCCGCGGACAUGCGCACGGAGGGGGCGAGCAAGGGCGGAUCGGAGACAGCCGAGAAGGGCGGAAGCGGGGCAGAGGGGGGAGGGAAGGCAGAAGCAGCGGAGGGGGAAGCGGGGCGGGGGGCGGAGGGCAGCGAUUUUGAGGAUGCGCGGGAGGUGUUUGACAGCCGCCCCCCCGCUGAAGCAGACGCUAGUGAGGGGGACGCAAGUCGGGAGGGCGCAAGUGAGGCGAAACCCGGGCAUGGCGCGCGCAUGGCGUCGCGCGUGCAUCUGCAGCAGGUGGUGCAGCUGGCGCUGUCGCCCCCGCCCCCCCUGGACUACUACGUGCGCGGCAUCACGGCCCAGGUGGUGCGCGACAUGCUCGGUGACUUCCAGGCCGAGACCAAGCGCGUGCGCUACGGGGGCGGGGACGACGAUGGGGAGGCGGUGCAAGAGGGCGUGGGUGGGCGCAUUGCCCGCAUGAGUGCUGCUUUCCUGCACCGUGAGGCGCUGGGGGGAAAGAGCGGCAAGGGCAAGGGGAUGGGGUGGGGGAAGAAGAACGGUGCCAAGUAG